AGUUUCCCUCUUCAGUCUUCACUCCGUUCUCACUUCUCAGAUUCACUCACUUCCCCAAAAUCCCCAACCCCCGCCGAAAAAAAAAAACCGAGAAGAAAAGAAAAAAAAGGUGAUGGUGGCCGUUCUACCGUUGGAAACUGCCAUGAACGCUCGCGACGCUACUCUUUUCGCCACCGCAACCCUCUUUGGCGCCGUUACCUCUGCACUUGCUCUCCGCUUCUUCUACCGCUCCCGAAACCAUCCCCAAACCCAAAACGGAACCAUUUCCAAUCACCGCCAUUCACGUGGUGACCCUUACGAUCCUUCCAAGCGCAAACAAUACUUGUCGUGGGAUGAUUAUUUCAUGGCGAUUGCGUUUUUGUCUGCUGAAAGAUCCAAGGACCCUAACAGGCAGGUAGGGGCAUGCUUGGUGAGUCAGGAUGACAUAAUUCUUGGCAUUGGCUAUAAUGGAUUCCCAAGAGGUUGUUCCGAUGACAAGCUACCAUGGGCAAAGAAAUCCAGGAGUGGGAAUCCUUUAGAGACAAAAUACCCAUAUGUUUGUCAUGCGGAAGUAAAUGCUAUUCUUAACACAAAUCACGCCUCUGCUGCUGGACAACGGCUUUAUGUGACCAUGUUUCCCUGCAAUGAAUGUGCAAAGAUCAUAAUCCAGUCAGGAGUUUCUGAAGUGGUUUAUUUUGUGGAGAAGUUAGAAAGUUCUGAUAUUGCAUAUACUGCUUCUCACAAGCUACUGUCAUUGGCUGGUGUUAAGGUCAGGAAGCAUCAACCACUUAUGAACGAAAUUCAUCUUAAGUUUGAGGAACGCUAGAUGUCGAAGAUUGACACAAAUUUAAGGUGGUCUUAGUCAUUAUCUUCUGAGUUACUGGGUAAUGGCUAUCAAAUUUGGAAUACUAAGUCGCAUUAUAUGAACAAAUCAAACAAGGAAUAGUGAUAUAGUAUGUUUAGGGAAAGUUCAUGGGAUGAUGAACAAGCUAGGAAACCAACAUACACAACGGUGUUGUUAAAAAAAAAAUUGUAUUUUACUGUAAAACGUGCCAAAUUUGGCCAAAAAAUUUUAAUAUGGAUGUCUUUGGAGUUAUAUCCCAAAAUGGGAUUGUAUGGUGUUGUGCGUAGGUAUGGAAUUUGAAUCUUCUCGUACUCGAAGUG